GGGAUGCGGUUCAAUCUCAUCCACACUUCUCUUUCCAUCGAGUCUCAUUCUUCUUCUCUUCAAACUUGAGAAGAACGUUCAGAUGAAGUUCAGGAAAUAACAUUAUAUUUUGUUGAGAGAGUUAACUUACUCUCACUAAGGGUUAAGAAUUUGAAGUUUAACUAUUUUGUUUUGGUGUAUAUUUUUACGCACGGAACAAGAUUGCGCUCAAGUUGCAGCGCGAGGCGCGCCCGGUGCUGUCGAGGCUGGGCGCGAGAGCGCGGGUCAUCGCCACGGGCGUGCUGGGCGUUGUCAUGGUGCUGGUGCUGGUCAUCCUCAUACCGGUCUUGGUCAGCGCAGCGGGAUCAGACGCGCGGUACGAGAUGCUCGGCGCGUGUCGCAUGGUGUGCGAUCCAUACGGAACCAAGUCUCCAUCCUCAGACGACCCCCGCGAUAACCGCUUAGUUCAGUCCCCACCAACUUUUAUUCGGGGUGCGAAAGGAGAGCCAGGGCGUUCAGGAAGAAUCGGCCAGAGGGGUUUGCCGGGUCCGCCCGGACCACCUGGUCCACCGGGGGCCAUCGGAGAACCAGGACCACCCGGAUUACCCGGUGCGCCGGGAGUCACAGGUGUCAUAAGCGCGGCAACGUACAGCACCAUCCCCAGGAUCGCCUUUUACGCGGGACUCAAGAAGCAGCACGAAGGCUACGAGGUGCUCAAGUUUGAUGAUGUGGUCACCAACUUGGGCAACCACUAUGACCCCUCGUCCGGAAAAUUCACCUGCUCCAUCCCGGGGAUCUAUUUUUUCGUGUACCAUGUAUUGAUGAGAGGUGGUGAUGGGACGAGCAUGUGGGCUGAUUUGUGUAAGAAUAACCAGGUGCGUGCAAGUGCAAUAGCACAGGAUGCAGAUCAGAACUACGACUACGCCAGCAACAGUGUGAUCUUACAUCUCGAGCCAGGAGAUGAGAUCUACAUUAAACUAGAUGGGGGCAAAGCACAUGGUGGAAACAACAACAAAUACAGCACAUUUUCAGGUUUCAUGGUCUACGCAGAUUAACGCCUGUGCUAUGAACUGCGCUUUCAGAUGUAUCUCAUUUUGAUGUCACC